AUGAAUAUUUUCAAAUCCGUUAUGCGGAAGCAGGAGAUGGCUUCUAACCCUGCCGCCGACGACACCUGCUGCGCAAUAUGCUACGAGAAGGUCGGCGAGGUCAAGGAGGAGGGCGACCGGGAGGUCUGGCGAUAUCUACCAUGCGGACACCGAUUCGGCGGCGACUGCAUACGACACUGGCUAGGCGUCGCCAGCGUCGAUGAGCCCCAUUGCCCGUGGUGCCGGGUCAGCAUGCGAUGCGACUGCGGUCAUCCCGUAGUGCCCACGAUGAAGCCGGUCCGCAACUACAUGUACUGGGGAUGGAUGCCGUGCGAGAUAUGCCACACCCAACUGCAGAGGUCACGCAAGACGUCGAAAUAUUUACGAGGACAGCUGCUGCCGCGGCUCAGCUCUCUCAUCCACUCGCUCGACCACAACAUGGCGUCCAUCCCAGCCGAGGUCCCCAAGGAGCAGGAGGAGACACCGGCCAAAGAGCCGUGGGAGGACCGCGAAGUAUGGAAGAGGAAGUGGACGGAGCAUUUCUUGGAAGAAGAGAGGAAAGCGUCCGCGUCGAAAUCGUCAAAGAGAUGA